AAAAGUGAUGAAUGCAGACAAACAAUUCUGGACUCUCCAUUUUAUUUUCUUAUAAUAAUAAAUAUAAAUCUCUGGAUUCAAUCUUCUUUCUUAUCCAUCCAAACAAUAAAAAUAAGAAAAAAAAGAAAAACUAGGAAUAUACUUCCUUCAGUAUUUACUCAACCAUGAAAGCAGCUGAACCUAAAUUUUGAACUGCCGCUUACAUCUAUUAAAAAAUUUUAAUUAUUGGAAUAAGAAAAGAGAGAGGCGAAUUGAAUGGGGACGGGAACAUCGAGGAACGCCGAUGGAGGGUUGCAUGGAGGUGAAGAACGAGAGGAGAGCCUUGACCAAGCCGGUGGCCAACUCUACGUUUCGUUGAAGAUGGAGAAUUACAAGAAGAAAGGAGACCUUAUCCCUCAUAUUUAUGGCUCUGUUCCUCUGGUUGGUUCUUGGGAUUCAACCAAAGCUCUUUCAAUGGAGCGAGAAUCGGCUUCGAUGUGGGAGCUGAGCUUCGUUGUUCCUCCUAAUCAUGAAACUUUGGAUUUCAAGUUCUUGUUGAAGCCUAAGCAUGGUUACAUGCCUUGUAUUGUCGAGGAGGGUCCAAACCGGUUGCUUACUGGGGGUACUUUACAAGGGGAUGCUAGACAUGCUAGACUGGCACUAUUUAAGCUAGAUAAUGAGGAGGUUCUUGAGUAUCGGGUGUUCAUUAAAGCUGACAGGGUAUCACCCUUUGAUCUUGCGGCAAGUUGGAGAGCUUAUCAAGAUAAUCUCCGGCCUUCGACUGUUCGUGGCAUUCCUGAUGUUAGCAUCAAUGCAGCUCCAGAGACAGGUCAUGAGAACGGCUCUUCUGCUAGUUUGGAGCUUGACCUUGAACAUUAUGUUGUACCUGCUCCAUCCACUUCUGCAAACUCAGGGCUCGUUUAUGCAGCCAACUUGGCAGAAAAUCCACGGUCUCUAACCUCUUCUGGGGUUUCUGGCGAUCGACCUGCAACUAGAAAGGAGAUGGAGUUUAUCAUACCGGACCCUUCUAAGGUAUAUUCAGGAUCCGGGAUGGUUGAAUCAAAAUCUGUGGGGACCUUUUCACCUUUGCAAAAGCAAGACAGUCACAGGGGGCUGUUCGUGGAUAGGGGUGUUGGAUCUCCCAGACUGGUCAAAUCUUCUAGUUCAAGUACUUUUAGUUUUGAUCUUAAAUUGGACAGUAAAAAUAAGAAUUCGAUGCCAGCAGCUGCUGGAGCUGUUGCAGCUGCAGCUGUAGCUGAUCAGAUGCUUGGACCAAAGGAGGAUAGACAUCUAGCCAUUGUCCUGGUUGGUUUGCCAGCUCGAGGAAAGACCUUCACUGCUGUUAAACUUACACGAUAUCUUCGCUGGUUGGGACAUGAUACUAAGCAUUUUAAUGUUGGCAAGUAUCGACGACUCAAACAUGGUACAAACCAGAGUGCUGACUUUUUCCGAGCAGACAAUCCUGAAGGCAUGGAGGCACGUAAUGAGGUAGCAGCCCUGGCAAUGGAUGAUAUGAUAGCCUGGAUGCAAGAAGGUGGCCAGGUUGGAAUAUUUGAUGCAACUAACAGUAGCAGGAGUAGACGGAAUAUGCUGAUGAAAAUGGCUGAAGGAAGAUGUAAGAUUAUUUUUCUAGAAACAAUAUGCAAUGAUGAAAGGAUUAUUGAAAGAAAUAUUCGCCUUAAAAUUCAACAAAGUCCUGACUAUGCAGAAGAGCCAGAUUUCGAAGCUGGAUUACAAGACUUUACAACCCGGUUAGCUAAUUACGAAAAGGUUUAUGAACCAGUUGAUGAAGGGUCUUACAUCAAAAUGAUUGAUAUGGCUAGUGGGCAUGGUGGACAAAUACAAGUUAACAACAUCAGUGGCUAUCUUCCUGGACGAAUCGUCUUCUUCUUGAUCGUCUGGGUGAAAUUAUAUCUGACAACAUUUGGCAACUGCACUUUUGUCUGCGUUAUGUUGCAAGAUAUGGAAGGAAGCUUGAGACUUGUUAAUACACAUCUGACACCUCGCCCAAUACUACUUACCAGGCAUGGAGAGAGUCGUGAUAAUGUUAGAGGCAGAAUUGGUGGUGACAGUGUAUUGAGUGAUACCGGAGAAAUUUAUAUGAAGAAACUCGCAAACUUUGUUGAGAAGCGACUGAAAUCUGAAAGGACUGCUUCUAUAUGGACCAGCACCCUACAGAGAACGAUUCUGACAGCAAGUCCAAUUGUUGGAUUUCCAAAGAUACAAUGGCGUGCACUGGAUGAGAUAAACGCUGGAGUAUGUGAUGGAAUGACUUAUGAAGAAAUAAAGAAGAAUAUGCCAGAGGAAUAUGAAUCUCGCAAGAAAGACAAGCUUAGAUAUCGGUAUCCUCGUGGAGAAUCUUACCUGGAUGUUAUUCAAAGGCUUGAACCUGUAAUUAUUGAGCUUGAACGACAAAGAGCACCCGUUGUAGUGAUAUCUCACCAGGCUGUGUUGAGAGCAUUAUACGCUUAUUUUGCUGAUAGGCCCCUCAAAGAAAUUCCUCACAUUGAGGUGCCACUUCAUACUAUCAUAGAAAUACAAAUGGGAGUAACAGGCGUUCAAGAGAAAAGAUACAAACUAAUGGAUUGAUCCUAUUUUCAAGAAAUUCGUUUUUCUUGAUAUUGGACUUUUCCAAAAGAAAAAACCCAUUAAGAUGAAAUUUUCAUUCAUUGUAUUUCAAUUCUUUGUCAAAAUAUAACAUUAGUAAUAAUCUAACUGUUGUAACAAUAAUUACUAAUAAAACAUGUAUAAGUUUUGCUCUGAACAA